AUGAGACAACAACAUGAUUCUGAACUUGAAAUGGAAUUAAUUCCACGACAAACAUCGAUUGGUAUUGAUUCAUCAUCUAUAGUAUCAUCAACAUCAAUGCCUUCAUCAUCAACAAAAUCAUCAUUACAUUUUAUGAAGAGUUCUUUUACUGUUUGGUUCAUUCCAUUAAUAUUUGCAUUAGCAACUUUUUAUAUGUAUAUUUUAUCUACAAAUGCACCACCAUUAGAUAAAGAAAGUGAUAGAACUUCUUUUCAUUUUCCACGAAGUAUCGAAGCCUUGAAGAACUUAUCAACUACCUUACAACAUUAUCGUGACGAUCAUUUAGCGUAUCUUUUAUUACUGUAUGGUUCUGCUUAUUUAUACAAGCAAUCUUUUUCAUUACCAGGUUCAGCUAUUCUGAAUUUACUUGGUGGUGCCUUAUUCGGUAUAUGGAUAGGCUUUCCACUUUGUUGUUUAUUAACAGCAAUUGGUGCUUGUUUCUGUUACUUACUUGUUUCUAAUUUUGCUCGUAAUUUAGUUGUGCAAUGUUGCCAUAAAAAAAUACUUGUACUACAAAAAAAAGUUGAAGCUGGUCGUGAUAAUCUCUUUUUUGUUUUACUUUUUAUGCGCAUGGUACCAAUGAGUCCAAAUGCACUCAUAACAAUAACAUGUCCAUUAUUAAAUGUACCAAAAAAAAUAUUUUUCUUUUCGAUCCUCUUUGGCAUGGCACCAUAUACUUUUAUAAGUGUACAAACUGGUUCAUUCCUUUCACAAUUAAAUAGUUUUGAUGAUUUAUUUUCAUGUCGAACAUUGCUUACACUUGGUCUUAUAGCUACAGUAGCUGGCUGUACCGGUUUAAUUGUAGCACGUGUACGGCGAAAAUUUACACAAACGGUUUUGUGA